CUGGGGAGCCCAGCUGUGCUGUGGACUCAGGAGGCAGAACUCUGGGUGUCUCACCAUGGCCUGGAUCCCUCUUCUUCUCCCCCUCCUCACUCUCUGCACAGGCUCUGAGGCCUCCUAUGAGCUGACACAGCCACCCUCAGUGUCAGUGUCCCCAGGACAGACGGCCAGGAUCACCUGCUCUGGAGAUGCAUUGCCAAAACAAUAUGCUUAUUGGUACCAGCAGAAGCCAGGCCAGUCCCCUGUGCUGGUGAUUUAUAAAGACAGUGAGAGGCCCUCAGGGAUCCCUGAGCGAUUCUCCGGCUCCAGCUCAGGGACCACAGUCACCUUGACCAUCAGUGGGGCCCAGGCAGAAGACGAGGCUGACUAUUACUGUCAAUCAGCAGACAGCAGUGGUAAGCAUUGGGUGUUCGGUGAAGGGACCAAGCUGACCAUCCUAGGUCAGCCCAAGGCUGCCCCCUUGGUCACUCUGUUCCCGCCCUCCUCUGAGGAGCUCCAAGCCAACAAGGCCACACUGGUGUGUCUCAUAAGUGACUUCUACCCGGGAGCCGUGGAAGUGGCCUGGAAGGCAGAUGGCAGCCCCGUCAAGGCGGGAGUGGAGACCACCACACCCUCCAAACAGAGCAACAGCAAGUACGCGGCCAGCAGCUACCUGAGCCUGACGCCCGAGCAGUGGAAGUCCCACAGAAGCUACAGCUGCCAGGUCACGCACGAAGGGAGCACCGUGGAGAAGACAGUGGGCCCUGCAGAAUGUUCAUAGGUUCCCAGCCCCCACCCCACCCACAGGGGCCUGGAGCUGCAGGAUCCCAGGGGAGGGGUCUCUCUCCCCAUCCCAAGUCAUCCAGCCCUUCUCCCUGCACUCAAUAAACCCUCAAUAAAUAUCCCCAAUCAACCAAAAA